AUGUGGCUGCUCCCAGCCAUGCUCCUUCUCUGCAUCCCAGGCUGUUUGUCCCUGAUGGGCCCCAGCUGUGUGACAGGCACCAUGGGGAACUCUCUGAGUGUGCAGUGUCAGUAUGAGGAGAGGUACAAGGCGUAUAACAAAUACUGGUGCCGAGGACAGUACGACACAACAUGUGACAUAAUUGUGGAGACCAAAGGAGAAGAGAAAGAUGAGAGGAAUGGUCGUGUGUCCAUCAGAGACCGCGCUGAUAAGCUCACCUUCACAGUGACCAUGGAGAACCUCAAUGCAGAUGAUGCUGGAUCCUACUGGUGUGGAAUUCAGACAGUAUGGAUCCUGGACGCGUGGUCACGUGACCCAUCAGUCCAAGUUAAGGUGUCUGUUUCCCCAGCACCAGGUACAACCACAGGGACGACCAGAUGUCCAGUGGCACCUGCCACCCUUCCAGUGGUGAACACCGGGCAGAACCUUAGCACCAGGAAGGUGCUGACCCACAGCUCAGGGUCCCAGCCCAGCAACGUCCACUUUCUACUCCUGGUCUUCCUGAAGCUGCCCCUGUUCCUGAGCAUGCUCACUGCUGUCCUCUGGGUGAACAGACCUCAGAGGGGCCCUAGAGGGAGACAGAGCCCAAGCCUGCCCUGA